CAAUGGGAUAGCAGCCGUUUUUGCAAACUAUUACAACUUUAAUCUGCAGUAUCCUGAGGACGGCUCAUGUACUCUGGAGUUUAUUCAAAGGUGCUUCUUGGGUAUUAACCCUGAGGUGGGCUCCAAAUCGAAGAAGAAACAGUUGGGAGGCAUCAACCCACAUAUAACAACACUUCAACAGAAGAUACAUCAGCCAGGGGGGAUGGGGUUCGCAGAAAAGUGUGGAUGGCCUCCCUGGUAAUCUACUGUGUGAUCGUCAUUGUGGGGACUCUGGGCAAUGGUCUGGUUAUCUACGUGACAGGCUGCAGGAUGAAGAGAACAGUCAACUCAGUUUGGUUUCUCAACUUGGCCCUGGCUGACUUCCUCUUUACGGCCUUCCUGAUUUUCACAAUCAUUUCCAUCUCUCAAGAUUAUCACUGGCAAUUUGGAGAAUUCAUGUGCAAGAUGAACAGCUUUGUGAUCAUAGUCAACAUGUUUGCCAGUGUCUUUCUUCUGACAGCCAUAAGUCUGGAUCGUUGCCUGUCAAUCUGGGUGGUGGUGUGGGCACAAAACAAGCGCACCGUUCGCAAAGCCCAGAUCAUAUGCGUUUGCAUCUGGAUGAGUGCUAUGGUCUGCAGCACCCCUUAUGCCAUUUGUCGCAGGGUUAUAGAUACAGGGGAAAAGAUUCAUUGUGGUUAUUCUGCAUCCAUAACACUUGAACAAAUACGGAUUCUUGGCAUUUUUCGCUUUGUUGUGGGCUUCCUCAUCCCAUUCCUGGUAAUAAUUGUCUGUUAUGUGGCCAUAGCUGUUCGUGCAGGGCGCCUGCAUAGGACCAGGAAACAGAGAUCUCGCCGAAUAAUUUUUUCUAUUGUUCUUGCAUUCUUCAUCUGCUGGUUGCCCUACCAUAUUUCACAUUUUAUAGAGUUAAAGGCCCAUACUAACCCAGAUCUUCAGAAUAUUGUCUUAAUUGUAGGUCCACUGGCUUUGAGUCUGGCGUUUAUGAACAGUUGCCUGAACCCCAUUCUUUAUGUUUUCUUGUGUGAUGAAUUCCAGAAGAAGCUCAGGCAGUCCAUAUGCUUUGUCCUGGAGAGUGCCCUGGCAGAGGACCACUUGUCCUUUAUGUCCUCUCGUUCCUUGUCAUCACACUUGUCUCGGUUUUCUCGGAAGUCAGACUCUGCUGCACCUUUGGAGAGGAAAGACACAGCAAUUUCCUUAAACUUCACAGAAAGCAAAGUGGUCAUGACUGACGAGAGAGACUGUGAGCACUGAAUAAAGGCCUCCAGAGACACUUCCUGAAACUUCACAGAAAGCAAAGUGGUUAUCACUGAUGAGAGACAGAGAUAUUGAGUACGGAUUAAGACCACAGGCUUCACUUCAAUGAGUCCAAAUUUUUUUUAAAGCAAACUUGUAAUCAAUAGUGACAAAAGAAAAGCACAAACUGAAAAUGACAUGUUAAAUUGAUUCGGUCAGUAUACUUUUUUUUAAAUAUUUGCUAUGAUUGAUUGAUUGAUAUUUUUAUUGCCAUGCCACUACGUGGCCCAUCCAACAUGACACCAAUACAACAGUAAUUCAUUCCACAGCUUCCAGUCCAAUGUCCACACACAACAUUCUCCACUUUGCACAAAACAAAUAACAAAUAAAACAUAGCACAAUGCUAUGAGGCAUUUCUUUAUGUUUUUUAUAGUAAUGCACCUUUUCACAAUCAGAUGUUUUCACUUAUGGCUGAUAAGACAUCCCCACUGACUCCCCUGUUACUGCGUUGCACCAGUUACAUCUUCCAUAUUUUUCUUACAAGUACAUGUAGAUUGAAAUCGUAUAGCUCCUUAUAUGUUCCAGGUCUAAUCAGCCGGAAUAAUUGAAAACACCUGUGUUGGUGUUGUGGUUCUUUGUGUAACAAUUAAUUAUUUGGUACCAUAUCAUUUUAUUUUAUGUUUGUCUGUAAGCUUUUAAUGCUCAUUUACCCAUGGUUAUUGACAAGCUAUUUGUCCAUAGCAGCAUCCAUGAUAUGUCACACAAGAUUGAGCUUUGAUGAUUGAGCAUUUCAAUAAGGUGAAUAAAAACAUAUACAUAUUUUAA